AUGGCCAAAGAGUUAGAAACCUAUGAAAAUGAAAGCAACAAAGUCAACUCCAUCAACGAAGUCGAAUAUGAAGCUCUACUAGCAGGACUAAAAGUGGUCAAGUACGUUGGGGUCAGGAACAUACUGAUACUAAGUGAUUCACAGCUGAUUGUAGAUCAGGUGAAAGAGGAGUUCCAGGCUAGAGAACCGCGAAUAGCGAAAUACCUUUCACAGUGGGGAAUAGACCUUAUAGGGCCUCUCCCACUAGGAAAGGGCCAGACCAAAUUUGCAGUAGUGGCAGUCGACUAUUUUACUAAAUGGGCCGAAGCCAAAGCCCUAGCUACAAUUACUGAGAAAAAGGUCACCGACUUCAUCUGGAAGAACAUAAUUUACCGCUUCAGAAUACCCUACACCAUUAUCAAUGAUAAUGGAAAGCAGUUCGACACUGCUGCCUUUCGAGAAUUUUGUAAGGAGUUGGGCAUUAAGCACAUCUGUUCCUCGCCAGCACAUCCGCAGGCUAAUGGGCAGGUUGAAGCAGUCAACAAAAUCAUCAAAAGAACUCUGAAGACCAGAUUAGAAAAGCUCAAAGGGUUGUGGGCAGAGGAACUUCCCAAUGCAUUAUGGGCUUACAGAACAACACCUUGUACUUUGACAGGAGAAACGCCAUUUUCAUUAUCAUUUGGCUCUGAAGCGGUAGUGCUAGUCGAAAUUGGACUCCCCUCCCCAAGGGUAGAGCAGUUCAGUCUACUUGACAACAACGCAUCCGUAAAGCUCAACCUCGACCUAUUAGAAGAACAUCGAGAAACAACACGGCUACGAAUGGCUAAAUACAAAAUCGAAUAA